CUUUUAAUUCUGCCUGCCUGGCUUGCCGUGAGGCGCAGAAGAGUCUGGCGACGGCCGCCGCCCCCUUUCCGCGGAGGGAGCGAGGCGGAGCGCAGGCGCCCUGCUGCCGCUACCACAGCUAUGGAGCCGGAGCUGGGGCCCCCCUCGGGCGCCUCCACCUCCUUCCCGUGCCCCCCGCCGCCGCCGCCCCGGGAGCAAGAGCGGAAGCUGCAGCAGGAGAAGCUCUCCGGGGUAGUGAAGAGCGUCCACCGGCGGCUGCGCAAGAAGUACCGCGAAGUGGGGGACUUUGAUAAAAUCUGGCGUGAACAUUGUGAAGAUGAAGAAACACUCUGUGAAUACGCUGAGGCAAUGAAAAGUCUGGCAGAUAACCAUUGGACUAAAACCUGUGAAGGAGAGGGCCGCAUUGAAUGGUGUUGCAGUGUGUCACGGGAAUAUUUUCAAAAUGGUGGGAAACGAAAAGCACUGGAAAAAGAUGAGAAAAGAGCAGUUCUUGCUACUCAAAGUAUUCAAACCAUGAGUAUUCACCCAGCUUCCAAAAUAGAGGAUUCUUCUGAAAAUUCAAAUCACAGUUCUAUAAUGGAUGAAUUGCUACAUCCUUCAGGAAAGAUCAGACUACUUGAUGUUGGCAGCUGUUUUAAUCCAUUUUUGAAGUUUGAAGAAUUUUUGACGGUUGGCAUUGACAUUGUCCCAGCUGUUGAGAGCGUCUAUAAAUGCGACUUCUUGAACCUUCAGAUUCAGCAACCUCUUCAGCUUGCACAAGAUGCCAUAGAUGCUUUUUUGAAACAGCUAAAAAAUCCUAUUGAUUCCCUGCCUGGAGAAUUGUUCCACAUUGUGGUCUUCUCCCUCCUGCUAUCUUACUUCCCUUCACCUUAUCAACGAUGGAUAUGUUGCAAAAAGGCCCAUGAACUUCUUGUAUUGAACGGAUUGCUGCUUAUUAUCACUCCUGACUCUUCCCAUCAGAAUCGCCACGCUAUGAUGAUGAAAAGCUGGAAAAUUGCUAUAGAAUCCUUGGGCUUUAAACGUUUCAAGUACUCAAAAUUUUCUCAUAUGCACCUGAUGGCAUUUAGGAAGAUCUCACUUAAAACAACAAGUGACUUGGUGAGUAGGAACUACCCAGGGAUGUUGUACAUCCCCCAGGAUUUCAAUAGUAUAGAAGAAGAGGAAUUUUCUAAUAACUCCUGCUACAUCCGAUCAGAUGCAGAAGAUGAACAACUGGCAUACAGCUUCAUGGAGCUUCCAGAUGCUCCUUAUGACUCUGACUCUGGGGAAAGCCAGACCAGCUCUAUUCCUUUUUAUGAGCUAGAAGAUCCUAUAUUGCUUCUAAGUUAAUGUAACAAUUAAAAUAUGCUAUGAAGUUCAAACUCCCUUUACUGUAAAACUAAUUUUGCUAUACUGACAUCUGCUCUGCACAUGAAAGCAUUUACAAAAAGGAAAUUCGAAAGGUUUUUGGGAGCCAUCACUUUUUUCUACUUAUGAAUUUUAAAAUUUAUUCUUGUAUUGAAAGUGCAUGUUUUAUGCAGAAUGGCUCAUGUCCAUAGCAUAAACAGGGUUUACUCUAAUAUUUGUAUUGGUAAAAUACUCUGGAAAGGUACAAUUUCCCCUCCGCCCUCCAGUGCUGUGAACUGUGAUUUUGCAAAUAUGCUAAUGUUUCUUGGUGUGUUAUUUUUAAAUCUCAAGAUAUGAUUUUUGAGGUUCAUGCUAGCAUUUCUUAGAGGUUUGGCGCAGAACGUUUAUAGUAUGCACUGUUUAGUGUUUGACUUGAACAAAAAAUGGAUCUAGAACAAAGUUUGGGUUGAGUCAAUCUUGAUAGGGUAAAAUGAAAAUCUCUGCAGAUUGGUUUUACUUGUCUUUAAUACUGCAAUUAGAACAUUUCAGUAAGAGAUUAGAUUCUCUUGCCCCUGAUGCUGUUGGAAUGAUAUAUAACACACACAUAUAUAAUGGUAGAUUUAAAAUAUGGGAUUUUUUUUUUUUUUUGUUAACUUCCAAGGUACAAUAUCCUUGCCAUUUUUUAAUUACACUAACAUCAUUGCCCACACUACAGUUUUUCAUUGUAUUUUGUGUUACAAAGUAUUUUGCAUUGAAGUAGUUCAGUACAAAGCUGCAUAACAGUCCCUUCCAGAAGUCUCUGAUGCAUGAAAUCAGCAAAGUAUUGAAUUGAGCCUCAUUAUAAUCCUACGUAUUUUUAUUAAUGUAAUUUGUAAGUUUUUCCCGCAGCUAUGAAUGAAAACAAAUAAAGGCACUCUAGUGUUUUGGAGGGCUAGAUGACUAAUCUGCAUAAUAAAUCUUUUUUAAAAAAUUCUGAAGUUCACAAGCUAAGAAACUGGUUUCUUUGGUGGCAGAUAGAAAAAUGAAGUAUAACUUGUUUUCACAAAUCUAAUCCUGGGUGGAACUGUUUCCUUUUAAACAAAAUUUGUUUUAUUAACUGCACCAACAUUUUUUUAAACUGCACCAGAAUUUUUGGACUCCUAUAUCUAGCUUCCAUAUCAGAUUAAAGGCAUUUGUAUUCACAUGUCUGAAUGUGGGUUCAAGCGGAUACAAGUUGAAAUAUAUAAACCAACAGCCAAAAGACCCAAUAGUUUCUGUAGUUUCAUAAAAUGGAAAUCAAUAAAAUAUAUUUAAAAAUAAAUAAAAUGGCAGUUUUAAUAAAUGUUGGCCUGGUGUUAAGCAGUCAGCUGCCAUUUCAGGAGUGCCACUACACAGCUUGAAAGGGAUUUAUGUGUGUUUAAAAAUGUGUACAAGUUUUACACUCCCACCAAAAUGUCACACUAAUGUUUCACAAAACUGACAUCCCAACUUGCUUUUUGCAUACUGUUAAGUAGUUUUUAUACACAACUUUCAUAGUGUGGUGUUGCUUUGUAAACAUGUUUUUUUUUUGUACCUCUUGCAUGUAACAUUAAAAAAAAACCUAUAAAUGUUCAGAUUUGACUGCAAGUAACCAUAGGGAAUUUAUGUUUAAAAGAAAACCUGAUUAAUUGUAAGGUUUCUUCUUACCUUCUGAAAAGUGUGAUCCCUCUGAAGGCUUUGUGGCACAGCCUCAGGCCCAGAUUUGGCUGGCCACUCACUCACUCAAUCCCACAGGCAAAAGUAGGGUAUGGAUGGCCUGCAUCUGUGACAACAGGGUGAUUGCCUGUCAUCCUGCUUGUCAUAACUGCUAUCUUGUAGAGAGGCAGUUGGCACUCAGAAGCAUCACGCCCCAGUUAGUUUGAUUAUCCAUUGAACCAAGAAUAGUUGCUGCAUAGGCAGGUAGAGGUUUCCUACAUCUAAUGCUAAAUGUUCCUUUUCAUUUAUUUAAAAGCUUCCUAGGGUGUUUUUGUGUGUGUUGGGAGUAGGUAAAGCUGCCAUGCUGGUGCUACCUUUUCUCUCAUUCCAAAUAUAUACUUUUCAGAUGUGCAAGAUGUGCAGUUUAAUAUUAGCAGAAAGUCCCUAGGACUUCCUAAGCAUAGGUGCAUUUCUGUUAUAUAGUGCAUGUUAAUGUUUUCUCAUUCAUUCAGAUGCUGAAAUUCAAGUCAUGAUGUAUGUAAGUGAAAUGGUUUAAAACUUUUAAUGGUAGAAGUUGGCCAGUAAUAUCUGAUGGCUUGGUGAAAGUGUUGUGGAUCCUUCAGUAGAGGAGUCACUUUAUUAUUUUCCCAAUUGCCCUAAUGUGAACAAAUAUUUUGGAGCAAUUAACCACCCCCAAGUAAUAUUUGCAGGCACAUUUUAUUUUAAAUGGACUUGUUACUGGAAUCUCACUAGAAAUACAGAGAAAGCUGUGUAAAUCUGGGGAGUUUUAGGGUUACCAAUAAUAAAGGAAUCCAGGUCAACGCAAGGAAGAAUGUGUAGCACAAAAAAAUUGCAUUUGUGUUUUCAUUUCAUUUAAGUUUUUUUGUGAACACAUUAAAAGAAGGUACGCAAACA